CCCCAAGUCUGCGCGGCCUCUUGUAGGCGUAACGAAAUCUAAUUCACUAAGUAACCUUCCCUCUCCCUGAAGUCGUCGACAAAUCACAUCAUGAGUGCCACGGAGACUUUGGAGCUGCAGCCAAACCCAGCACUUCACAUCUACAGCGCAUCACACGGAAGAGACUCCCACGAUCGUUCUCGCGAAAUAUUUACGCAUGGCGGAGCUCCAAACAGAAUCGAUGUUGAUGAACCCCCCAUACCCUCGGCGUCGGACCGGAGAGCAGCAUCUACAUUACGAACCUCACUCAUCAUCCUCCAACCCUCCCUUAUUAACCUCCUUUCCAGCUUCACAAAUGGGUUAAUCACCGUCGGCCUCCCAGUUAUCGCGCGCUCCAUUGCCCUACCCCGAACCCUCUACCUUUGGCCAUCAUCUGUCUAUGGACUGACCUCCGGAGCCAUGUUGCUACUCGCGGGCUCUGUGGCUGAUAUUGUCGGCGCCCGUCUUGUCGACAUAAUUGGGAUUUUCUUCCUCAGCUGUUUUACACUUGCAUGCGGUCUAUCAAAUACGGGGGAGCAAUUGGUCGUGUUCCGCGCUUUCCAAGGUAUUGCAAACGCUUUGCACCUCCCCGCCUCAGUCGCACUAGUAGCGGCGGCUGUACCCCCCGGAAGGGCUAGAAAUGUCGGUUUUGCGUGCUUGGGGUUGAGUUCCCCGCUGGGGUUUUCAGUCGGGCUUGUGGUGAGCGGAAUCAUGAUUGAGAAGACUGGAUGGCGAUCUGGGUUUUAUUUAUCAGGCGGUGCAACGUUGAUAGCCGCCGUAGCCGCCAUAUGGACGUUACCUAAAGGAAGACAAGAGUGUCCUACUCCUGGUCUCUCGGCCUUUCUUGGGAAGCUGUACCUUGAGAUCGAUUGGAUUGGUGGGAUUAUCGCGAGCGGCGGACUUGCGAUACUCGCCUACGUGCUUGCGACCCUGAGUGGAGACUUGGCUGUCAUUCAUUCUACAACAACACCAUCUCUCCUCUCCCUCGGCGUAGUCCUUCUCAUAGCAUUUCCUCUUUGGAUGUACUACCGCGAGAGCGCAGGGAAACCAGCCCUUGUUCCAAAUGCCUUGUGGAAGAACAUCCCUUUCGCAAGCACUUGCAUCAUGGUCGCGCUUUCAUACGGCGUCAUAACGUCCAUGGAGCUAUUUUCAAGCUUAUAUUUCCAAGAAAUCCAAAACGCUUCCACGCUGACCACAUCCCUCUAUCUCCUCCCUAACCUUCUUACUGGGGUUCUCAUCAACCUCACCGUCGGUAUCUUCGUACACCGUCUUCCAGCUCGCUGGCUCGUGGUCAUCUCGUCAUUUCUCUGCUCUCUAUCACCUUUUAUGAUGGCACUUGUAAAUCCCCACUGGUCGUACUGGUACCUUGAAGUAUGGGCGCAGAUUUUCGCACCGUUUAGCGUAGACGUGCUAUUCACGGUUGGCUUGAUUAUUGUGAGUAAUAGUUUUCCGGAGAAGACACAGGCACUAGCUGGGGCAGUGUUUAAUACUGUUGCGCAGUUUGGGAUGAGUUUGGGAGUGGGGCUGUGUCAGGUUGUGUCUUUGGGCGUGAUGGGGAAUCAUGAUGCGGGAAAUGGUAGGAAGGGUAGUAGGAAUGACGACGCUUUUGAUAAUCCGGAUCACAAUGCCAUGCUCAUGGGAUAUCGAGCUGGCUUUUGGGCGAUGUUUGCGUGCAUGAUUUUGUGUGGGCUGCUCGCCGUCGUGGGACUGAGGAAAGCUGGGAAGGUUGGGCUGAAGCGAGAAUAAGGAUGUUGGGUUUGGGCCAUUUUAUGCAACACCACCAGCGCUGCCAACGGGAAGUAGUAUGUAUGCGUACUACGUGAACGUAGCUGUCACGUGAGCAGUACGAAAGUAGUAACUUUGUAAGACGUUACUUACAGCUAAG